AUGUGAACUGUAGCACUCUGUGGGUCUGAGAGCUCUUUAAACCCACUCUCUCUUGGUUUCUUGGUUUCACUCUUUUCAGGCAGUCUCAGGCGACAUGGUUGGCUGCAGAUUUCAGUUAGAUUUCUCACACCUGAAAUGUUCUUCACAUAUUUCCAUGCUCGGUCUGAUCCUCGCUUCCUGCGCUUCACUCGUCUCUUACGUUCAAGCGUCUUCAGUGAACUGCAUGUCAAAGAACAUUUCUUCAAAGUAUCAGCACUGUGAGAUUCAACCGGGUGGAGUCCAUGCUUUGGAUUGUUUUGGUGAACAUCACACCCACUUUAAAACCUGCAAGUGGAAACCAGGAAACGGUUCAAAACCAGAAAACUUGUACACGCUCAUCGUACAACAACCAAUCAAAAAGCUUUGUGAGGCUUACAUCAACAUCACUGAAUUCAUCACUAAAAGGAUCAAAGUGUUUGAACGACACCACAUGACAGUCGAGGUUUUUGAAAACGGCGAGUCGACCAAUUGCACUAAAGCAGUUUUCAGCGCUUCUCCAAAAAAUAUAAUGCGAUGUGCUGCUCCACAUGAUGUGACGUUCAGCCGCCAUUCUGGAGGACUCGCUCUCAAUGUGAGCUGGCUACAGGACAGAACGCGUAUAUUGUUUUACUGGGUCAGAUAUAAAGCCAGGAGCAGCCCGUUAUGGAGCGAGCCACUUCUGCGAUGCGAAAAAGGACAGAGAUGUAAAGUGGAGAAUCUGACCUCAUCACUGGAAUACAACGUACAGAUUCAGUGUGUCACUAAUAACAAGUGCUCGCAGUGCGUGUGGAGUGACGUCUACACUGUUCAAGCCGAACUGACAACACAGCCUGUGGUUGAACAUCUUGGAGAGACGGACAUUGCCAACAGAAAUGGACAACGGCAGAUUUCGUUAACAUGGACGUUUCCUGCCAAAGAGCCGAAUGAAGGCUACCAUGUGACCGUUUGGAAAGCAUCCGGAGAAGAACCGUCUGCGCGGAUGAAGACCACUGAACCUGCGAUCCGACUGAUUCUCUCUUAUUCAGCUUAUUAUCUCAACAUUAGCGCUUUCAACAACGCUAGCACCUCCCCAGCUGUGAGCCGGAUUAUACCAGAACAGGAAGACGAGACCAGUAUGGAUGAUCCGAAGCUGAACGUGGAGGUCCACAGCGAUACGUCUUUUACGAUCUAUUGGAAAGACAACCUCAUCCAGAAGUACGUCUGCUACUCAGCGGAGUGGACGAAGAAGGGGCAUAAAGCGGCGCACAUGUCCUUCUAUCAGAAUGAAGAAAACCACAGGACCAUAUCUCCUUUACCAGAACCUUUGGAGCCCUACAAGAGAUACAGCGUCACUCUGCACACACGACCAUAUAAGGACACCUGCAACAUGAAGCACAUCAACAACAGUGAGAGCACCUAUGGGACUACACAGUUCUACUUCAUGGAGGGAUCUCCCGUCAGCGCUCCUACAAACAUCGGCAGCUUCAAUGUGAGCCUUCAUUCGGCAGUGCUUCAGUGGUCGCCCAUCCCGGAGGAGGACGUCAGAGGUUUCCUGUUGGGUUACAUCAUCCACUACACCGAGUACCACCACACGGGGACGAGCGUGGAGAGCAAUAUAACAGUGGAUCCAGCUUUUAGCACCUAUGAACUGGAGGACCUGGAGAGUGGCACUGCAUACAAAGUCCAGCUCUCUGGUUUCACCGAGGCAGGAGAGGGCGUGCUGAGCUCUGAAAUCCUCUUUAAAACAGACAACAAAGAAUAUUCUUAUCUCGGCAGCGUUAUCUCAGUAUUUGCAGUUCUGGCCAUUGUGCUGAUCUUCGGAUCUCAGAUAAUAAAAAGAGCCAAACUCCUUCUGUGGCCGAGCAUACCCAACCCUGGGAAGAGUAAUGCGAUGCAGAAAAUAGAAGGAGCACGAGAACUGGAACUUCUGGCGUCCAUCAGCCCUCUGAAAGUUGAAGAAUGGGAAACAAGCUCUCUCCAGAUAGUUGAGAGAGAGGAGAUAAUGAUCCCUGCUUCCACAUCGCCUUCAACUUUACCGCUUCUGCACGCCUUGGAGGACCAGGAAGACCAAUCAGAAAUGACUUGCGAUUGGAUCCCAUGUGACACCGUGACCGCAACCGACGAUAACCUUCCUGAUGUCACAACAGAAACAAACUCGGACGUCCCGAGGACAGACCUCCAGAGCUCUACCUUUGCCUUUCCCUCAGGAUAUACAACGAUUGAGAUGUUUCAGCAGGUUACCACUCGAGCAGCGCCGGCCAAUUCUGCUGCUACUCAAGCCGUGGAAACUGAGACGGAGGAUAAAGACUUGACCGUGGUGAUGUCGAGGUUGGACUAUGUGGGGCAGUUUAGUACCAGUCCCAUCUUGCACAAUGAGGGUUUUUCCAACAUUUUAUAGAAACAUUUGGGAAGAGGACUGCAGAACAUGAACUGUCAAGAACCACCAAGGAAUCCUUCAAACCGCUGACUAUUGUUUUUCUACCAAAUGAGGUCCUGCAGGGUUGAACAGGUUGAGUCAACUCAAGUUGUUGGAAUUGUUCCCUUUUGGUUUUCUGUUGGUAAAAGUUGAGGAUACUAUCUGGUAAUGUUUUGGUUUCACCUUGUUGGUUUUACAGCAAGCCAAGCCAAUACUAAAACUGUAGACCACUGAUCCAAGGACAUCCUGCACAACAUCCCCGUUCUUUUGACUGAACCUUGUUGGCACCAUAAGAGGAAUAAAACAUGGACAAAGACUC